UACCAGCUGCAGCCAAAUGACAGGCUGAGUCACACCCCUUCUCAGAGUUAUCCCCCUUCCCAGCUUUGACAGACCCUCACAUAGCCUGCAGGAAAGUCACAAGCGGCUCCAAACAGCUCCCGCCACCAUGUCGUCUUACCAGAAGGAGCUGGAGAAGUACCGAGACAUAGAUGAAGAUGAGAUCAUGCGGGGCAUGUCAGCAGAAGAGUUGGCCCAACUGGAUUUGGAGCUGCAAGAAAUGGACCCAGAGAACAUUCUCCUCCCAGCCGGCAUGCGUCAGAGAGACCAAACCAAAAAAACACCCACAGGCCCUCUAGACCGGGACGCCCUAAUGCAGCACCUGGAGAAGGAGGCCCUGGAGGCCAAGGAAAGGGAAGACCUCAUACCUUUUACUGGAGAGAAGAAAGGAAAGCCCUUCAUCCCGAAGCAGGCAAAACGCGAGAUCCCAAAAGAGGAACAGAUUACGCUAGAGCCAGAGCUGGAGGAAGCGCUGGCAAACGCCACGGAUGCCGAAAUGUGCGACAUUGCAGCCAUCUUGGGAAUGUACACAUUGAUGAGUAACAAGCAGUACUACGAUGCAAUCACAACUGGAAUCAUCUCAAACAAAGAGGGCAUCAACAGUGUGGUCAAGCCAGACUCAUAUAAACCAGUGCCAGACGAACCCCCCAACCCAACCAAUGUGGAGGAAACUCUGCAGAAAAUCAAGAGUAAUGCUGCCGACUUGGAGGAAGUCAAUCUGAAUAAUAUCAAGGACAUUCCCAUUCCUACACUGAAAGAACUCUGUGAAGGUAUGAAAUCUAACAGCCACGUCAAGAAGCUCAGUUUAGUUGCCACUCGCAGCAACGACCCAGUGGCCUUUGCCGUGGCCGAGAUGCUGAAGGAGAACAAAACAUUACAGAGUCUGAAUAUUGAGUCUAACUUUAUCUCCAGCGCUGGGAUGUUGGCUGUAAUCAAAGCCAUGAAAAGUAACUCCACACUCACCGAACUCCGAGUAGACAACCAGCAUCAGAACCUGGGAGACACAGUAGAAAUGGAGAUGGCCUCAAUGGUGGAGAACUGCCCCUCAAUCAUACGAUUUGGGUACCAGUUCACACGACAGGGACCAAGAGCUCGGGCAUCCACAGCCAUCACCAGGAACCUAGAAAUGUGUCGUAAACAGAAGAAAGUGUAACAGUUCCCAUGUUCUGUGUCCUGAGCUCCUGUCCCUGUCUGAGAUCACUGGUCUUCUACAAAUGACUCUCCUCUGGCCCUAAUAGGCUCCUGCCAUUUUGUGACUGAGGAUCACACCUGGCUGUGUUCCCUCUUACCCAUUCCCUUCUGGAAUCCUCUGUCUAUCCUAUCUCCCAGUGUAUCCUCUCCUCGGCCUCUGGCUACCUUGUAACCCAUACCACAGCAAUGUCUUACAUUUCCCAGUGUCUGCUCCUGGACUACAACCCCCAUAAUACUGUGCCACAGCCUAGCGUAGAAUUAUGGGGGAUGUAGUAAAAACCACAAACUGCUAUGGGGCAAGUUCAAUGAACCGUCCCAUAUCCUUUUAUAAAUUUAACUUAAUGUAAUAGGGCUUCUCUUUUAUCGCUGACACUACGUGGAUCUCAGAAAAUGACAAAGAGACUUUCUCCUGGCAGGCUGCAGUCUCGUUAUACACAAGGAAGAUAUUGCAGGGAAAUGAUAUAAAAUAUGUAAAUAAACUGAUAUUAAUCUGUUA